UUGUUCUACUUGUGGUUCUCAUUCCAUGAACGGAAGUUUAUCAAAACGAAUUUCUUCCUUCGAAUUCUUGUGCCUUAGAGGUGAAAAAUGGGGCGACGCCCUGCAAGAUGUUACCGGUAUUGCAAAAACAAGCCAUAUCCGAAAAGCCGGUUUUGCCGUGGUGUCCCAGAUCCUAAAAUCAGGAUAUUUGACCUGGGCAGGAAGAAGGCUAGAGUGGAAGACUUCCCACUGUGUGUGCACUUGGUGUCCGACGAGUAUGAACAGCUUUCUUCAGAAGCAUUGGAAGCAGGCAGGAUUUGUGCCAACAAGUACAUGGUGAAGAACUGCGGCAAGGACCAGUUCCACAUCCGCAUGCGGCUGCACCCUUUCCACGUCAUCCGCAUCAACAAGAUGUUGUCGUGUGCUGGGGCCGACAGGCUCCAGACGGGGAUGCGCGGUGCGUUCGGGAAGCCGCAGGGCACCGUGGCACGAGUGCGCAUCGGCCAGCCCAUCAUGAGCGUGCGCACCAGCGACCGUCACCCGCGCGCCGUCAUCGAGGCCCUGCGCCGUGCCAAGUUCAAGUUCCCCGGCCGCCAGAAGAUUUACGUGUCGAAGCGGUGGGGUUUCACAAAGUACGACCGUGAGGUUUACGAGAAGCUCCGAGACGAUGGCAGACUAGCUAACGAUGGCUGCAACGUGAAGUAUCGUCCAGAGCACGGCCCUCUCAGCAACUGGAAGAAAGUCCAGCUGGAGUUGGCACAAGCUGUGUAACCUGUGCCGUGUACGGCGCCAUCUGGGAAUAUUUGAAAAUAAAAUGCCUAAACCUGUGAUAA